AGUAUUUAUUUCUUGAACUUUCCUCAUAUAUUACUCAAUUACUACUAUACUCCAACUUGCAUGUGUGGUUCAUAUCACUUUGACCAUAUUUUCUUUGAUUAAACUAUAGUCCAAAAAAAUAAUAAUCAAGAUGAUGUUGCUUUUUUCUCCCUUUUAUUUUUCACCCUUCCAUUUUCCUUUUCUCCUUCAUCCACUUGUAUGAUCAUUCUACCAAAUAUACACUAAAAACCUAACAAAAUCCCUAUAGAAAUUAAGAAAUCAACAAAAACCUUGUCAUGUCUAAUGAUCAAAGAGCUCUAGUCCUAUCAAGCAACAACAAUAAUAGAGACAACAAUCAUGAAGAUCAUCAGGAUCAAGAUCAAGAUCAAGAUCAGAAUCAGAAUCAGAAUCAUCGAGAUGAUCAUAUCAGAGAUAUCCACACUAUGUCACCACCACAACCACCAGUACCACCAAUCAUGAUGAAUAUUAAUCGUGCAGGACGAAGAAGGGAAGCUUGGGAAACAAGUAGUCAUAGAUCAUCAUCUUUGUCCUCAGAGUUAGGAGGAGUUCCAAGUGAGAAUUUCACAACCAUGAGUAGAGAGUUCAAUGCUUUGGUACUUGCUGGAUCUUCUACCAACAACAACGACGACAACAACAACAACAACAAUAAUAAUGGUACAAGUCAUGAAGUUGAAGGUACAAUCAAUAAUAAUUUAGGAAGGAUUUUCGAAGAGGAGACUAUAGUCGAAGAAAAUAAUUCUUUAGCUAUUGUAGCAGAUAAUACGAAUAAUAAUAAUAAUAAUAAUAAUUACAACAAUAAUAAUGUUUAUUUAAACCCUAGUGCUCCUUCUCCUAACAAUAAUUUGAGUGAAAUUAGUCAACAAGGAGAAGUGAUUGUACAUAGAGUGAAGAAAGAGGAAGUUGAAUCAAAGAUUAGUGCAUGGCAAACUGCAAAAAUUGCAAAGAUUAAUAAUAGGUUCAAGUGUGAAGAUGCUGUGAUUAAUGGAUGGGAAAAUGAAGAAGUUCAAAAGGCUACUUCAUGGAUGAAGAAAGUUGAGAGGAAGUUAGAGGAGAAAAGAGCAAAAGCACUAGAAAAGAUGCAAAAUGAUAUAGCAAAUGCAAGAAGAAAAGCAGAGGAAAGAAAGGCAUCAGCAGAAGCAAAAAGAGGAACAAAAGUAGCUAGAGUUGUUGAAUUAGCCAAUUUGAUGAGAGCUGUUGGUAGAGCUCCAACAAAACGUUCAUUCUUUUAAAUUUACAAAAAAAAAAAAAUUAAAAAAAGUGUGUUAGAUAAUUGAUACUUUGUGUUUUGCUAUAUCGAGGAGCUUCUACUUAUAGUGAUGGAUUCAGGAUUUAAAUAAUGUGAAUUCUGAAUAGAGAGAGUGUGUUCUAAAAUGUAUAUAUAGCUCUCCUAUCGGUUCAUUUGGUUCUGUCAACAAAUCGUCUUCCUUUUAGGAGGAAGAUGAUCUUGAAGUAUUAGGUUUUGUCGAACUCACAAACCAUAUGGUUGGAUUCUCUAUUAGUUUCUUACAACAUUAUAUUAUAUAUUUUCAA